AUGGAUAAAAACUCGUCUACUAAUUAUACUGAAGUGCCUGUAAGUGCCUCAUUUCCAGAUCCAAUUUCUAUUACGUUUGUUUUAAUCUAUACCGUAAUUUCGAUUUUCCUAUUUAUUCGUUUGAAAUGGACCGAAAAAUAUGCUUGCCUCAAUCCAAUUGCACAUUAUGCAAGUUUAAUUAAAUUUAAUAUGUUUAUUGCAAUCUUCACAUUGUCUUAUUUUCUAUAUUUUGAUGAUAAUUUUAUAUUGGAUUUCAUUGAUGCUCUUAUAUCUGUAUUUUUCAUUUUAUAUUUAGAUUUUGCUAUUCCGGCUUAUAAUGCUCUCUAUGUUUUAGUACUAAUUGGGUUUAUGAAACAGAAAAUUGCGUUUUGCAGCAUGACUUUUUCACGGUAAGUUAGUCAAAACAUAUAAGAGCCGUGGAAGAGGAAACCAAAUAUACACUAAAAGUUUGUAAAUUAAAUGAUAAAUUGAAAAAAUCACAGCUUAUUCAAAAUUUGAUCAGAAUUUUUCAAUUUCAGGGACGCGUUUAUUUGGAUUUUGGCAGUCCUCAUUUUCUUUGUUUUGAAUCACUUUUCAAUCGAAUGUAAGAUUUCAACAUUUGAAAAAUUUUCAAAAAUUCUAUUUGCAGUUGGUAUUGCCCUCUUAGGAAUAAAAGAUGAGAAAAUCAUUGAAGCAUUUGAAAAUUGUUACGUUGUUCUCAUGCUUAUAUUUCUAUUUAGUGACUACGUGAUUCUGAUUUUUUUGAUAAGCAAAAUUGUUCAUCGAAAAAUCAAACAUAUUGGAUAUCACAAAAAUGAAAUUGUGAUAAUUUUACAAAUUAUCAUGGUUGUUAUAGUCAGAGUGGUGAGAAUAUUCUUUUGAAGAUCCAAUUCAAUAAAUAUUUUUGUAGCCAAUAGUUAUCAGCAGAUAUUCCCAAGUUCUACAUAAAGAAAUUACAUUGGUCGGACACUAUUCUAAUACAUUAUCCUAUAUCGUUUUAAAUUUUCUUCCGUUGUAUAAUCAACUGUUCUUGGAAUUAUGGAGUUGGUGGAAGAAUUAG